ACCAAUUUAUUACAGAACCUGCGUUUGUUUUCAUUGUUCCUUGGCAGGUUAUAAUCGAUUAAUAAGUUGAAAAAAAAUCUUUUGAAUCUCGGGGGAGCCCUCAAGAUUAGAAGCGAUGCCCUAUUCUACUUGGUUCGCCGUCGUGUCCUCCCUAAAUCUCUUGGUGCAAGUUGCAACGUGCAAACCGCUGAACGGUUGGGACAUCUCCACGGAGGAAGAAGGGGAGCAGAAUUACGACCGUGAAGGUGUCCUGGAUGAGGACGUGGAAUUUGACUUCAACGCCUUUUUGCAAAGCGUGAAGAACGAGUUCUUGCGGACCUUGAACCUGUCAGACAUCCCAACGCAGGAACCACUCAAAGUGGAACCACCGCAGUUUAUGAUCGACUUGUACAAUAAGUUUGCCACCGACAGGUCGUCAAUGCCCUCCUCAAACAUCGUGAGGAGCUUCAGGGACGAAGGUACCACAUCCAUCCUUCCAGCCGCAGAAAGUGAGGUGAGGAGGCAUGUCCUGGUGUUUAACAUCUCCAUUCCCCGGCAUGAAGAGAUUACCAUGGCCGAGCUGAGGCUCCAUACGUUUGUGGAGAGAGACAGGAGGCAGUUUGAAGGGGCCGACAGGACGGUGGCGGUCUAUGAAGUGUUAGAGCAGCCCCAGGGAGCUCCCCGACUCUCUCUGCUUCUCACCAAGCGGCUCGGGGCUAAAGACAGCGGCUGCGAGGCGUUCGAGGUGACCGGAGCCGUCAAGCGCUGGAUCCGCUCAGGAGCCUCUAGCCAUCGGUUCGAAGUUCAGAUUGGCAGCGGUGGCAGCGGCGUUAGGCAAGGAGGGUCACGGGCGGCAGUGGGUACUCCAGACCUUAGCAGUGCCAGCAACCCUGAGGAUAUGCCUCUGCUGGUGGUGUUCUCUGAUGACCGGAGCCAUGGUCGGAGGGAAGCAGGAGAUGAGCUGAAGGAGCUGAUUGGGAAGGAGAGGGAAGCACUGGCGGCGGGUUCGGGUUCUGGAGCUCAAACUGGGGACCUGCUCCGAGCUCAGGCCGCCUUUCCUUCGGACACAUCAUCCCGGACCCGCAGGAAUGCCAAAGCGGAUUAUUGCAAGCGGUCCCCAUUGCAUGUGGACUUCAGUGAAAUCGGAUGGGACUCCUGGAUCAUUGCACCUAAAAGCUACGAGGCGUACGAGUGUCGAGGGUUCUGCCACUUCCCCCUGACCGACCAUGUCACCCCCACCAAACAUGCCAUCAUCCAGACCUUGGUCAACCGCUCCAACCCCAAGAAAGCAGUUAGAGCCUGCUGUGUGCCCACCAAACUAGACCCCAUCUCGGUUCUCUAUAAAGAUGACGCUGGGGUGAUCACUUAUAAAUACAAAUACGAGGGCAUGGUGGUUGCUGAGUGUGGCUGCAGAUAG